AUGCCGUCCUCCUCCCCUGCUCUUCCGCCCGAACUGGAGCUGGUCAUAUUCCAGACAGCAGCCAAAGCCUCCUUGCACACAUUGUACACCCUCCUCCUCGUCGCGCGGCGCACCCGACUUUGGUUGGAGCCUCUGCUCUACCAAACGCUGCGCUUCAGCCGCGAGUACAAAUCGCCUAAUCUGACCGCCAUGGAUCCAUCACGGCAUGCCUUUCUCGCCCACACUGUGCGCCACGUCGUCAUUUCCGGCCACAUCGACGCGGACAUCCCACCCUUCGUAGCCCCCCUGCGUAUCUGUUCGCAGAUGACGCAUCUUGCCUUAGGCUUCUCCACCUACCAUCCCGUUGUGGGCGCGGCGCUCCUACUGCUCCGGCACCUCCGCUGUCUGGCGUUUGACCCGCGCGUCUGCCAGCUGACAGCGAGUGACGCCGCCCUGCCCGUCUUCGCCGGACUCACCCACCUCGAGCUGUUCAAGAUGCUACCUGACACCGCCGAGUUCUGCGCCGCUCUCCCGCGGCUGACACACCUCGCGCUGAACACGCUGAACGAGGCGGCGAUCACGCAAAUGCUCGCCGCGUGUCCCCGAUUGGAGCUCCUUGUGAUUCUACAGGACGAGGAGAACCCGAUGGGCGUUCUGCUCAGCGCCGCCCCCGCGGCACUCACACACGACCAGCGGCUGGUUAUCACUGCAUACGUCGACUGGGACGAAGGCGUCCUCGACAGCUGGAACUACUGGGCCGUUGCCGAAGAAUUCCUUGCGCAAAAGCGAAGUGGGGCUAUUCCGAAGACUCAAUUCGUCGCGGAUCGAGAUGAGACGUAA